AAUAUUUCCCUCUACAUAAAAUGGAUUUGUCUAAAUGAUAAAAGGCUUGGCAACAUAACAGAGAUCCUAUCCCUCGCAAGUCAUAGACAUAUCAAAUACACAUUACACAGGGUCAGGGAAGCCGCCAGCCGGGAGCCUAUACAGCAACAGUGCGGCAGUGUACCUCAAUCAGCUCGGGUCAGCAGAGCGGAGCGGCAUUAGCAAGCGAUGGAAGGGCGUGGAUACUUGAGUGAAAAGCUGCUUGUGCAGCUCUUUCUAAUCCUUGGAGCAUUUUUUAAUGUAGCUUUGUGUACAUUGCAAGAUGAAAUUAGUAGUGACUCCCUUGAAGUCAGAUUUGAUGAAAUCUAUGACAUUGAUAAUUGGGACCAGGACAUGACUGUUGGAUUCACAUCAUCAGUAACUGCAAGUGUGAACAACUAUUGUAUGGAUUCAAGUAACUUUGCCUCCUGUCAGAUAUCUGCAUACAAUGACCCCUUUACCGUUGUACUCUCUGCAAAUUCUCCUGAGUAUUUCAAUGGGGACAUCAAAAUGACCUUUUACGUAAGGAUUCCUGAGGCCGACAGGGCUUCUGACGCCGCCAUGGAGUAUGUCGUUCCUAAAGCCACAGUUGCAACCAUUGUGGAGGAGAAUGCAGCAGACAUCAACAAUGCCACUGGCCAGGCACUUGUGUUCAUCGGUGACAAGCGCAUCAUUGCGCUGGACACCGGCCUUGACAAAAUCAUGAUCCCGAUCGUCUGCGUGCUCUUUGUCCUUGUUGUGCUCCUGGCCGUCUGCCUGACCUGCAUGCAGUCGCGUGGGGAGAAGAAGAUCCAAGAGCAGAGACAAAAGCAGUUUGGAUCCAAGGGAGAUGAAGGGAUCACUCUCACAGCCGUCAAGAGCGGUGGAUAUAACAGCGAAGAUAACAAUGCGAAACAAGCCGACACCGCCACAACUGCAACAACCACCAAGAGAUUCCGACGACAAAAGAAGCUCAAAGAAGGACGAGAAGCUCGAGCCCAUACCCCAGUCCAGGUCCAACCAGAAGUCCAGUCCAGCGCCAACGGUACCACAACCCCCAUUGAGGUCAAGCCUGCGAAACAGCUAGACAACUUCUCAUCGAACAACUCCAAUGACCUCUUCCAGCAAAGAGGGUCAAGACAUGCUAUCGAGUUGCCCCCGCUUGUGACAUCAAGCACACCGAGGACAAUGUCCCUCGAUGGCAGCGAUUCGGAUGACAAGGAUAGGAAAAAAGAUAAGAGGAAGAAGAAGCAUCAUCGUAAGCUCAGUAAGCAAGCCCUGGUCGAUGCUAUCGACAAGGAUGAUGACCAGGGGGAUGAUAAAUCACUUGCAACACUCUCUGAAAAUAAUCAAGGGUCGUAGGUCAUUCAAUUGCCCUC